AUGGAUACCAAAAAGUUGGAUACUGGCUCCGAAGAUGCAAUCAGCUGGCUCCCUCAUGAGGUUCUGGGCGACAUCUUGUCCAGAGUUCCGACCAAGCUGGCUGCUUCAACAUCUGUUCUCUCGAAAAAGUGGAGGGAUAUGUUUGCAUUGGUGCACAAUCUCGAUUUUGAUAAUUUUGUCUUCCUGCAACCGGAAGAUGGUAAGCGAGAAAGGGACGAGAUCCGGGAGUGCUUCAGGAACUUUGUGGAUAGAACACUCGCUUUGCAAUGCGCUUCUCCGCUCAAGAAAUUCUCGUUAAAAUAUCACAUUGGCGACGACAGUGAGAUGGAUCAUAUGUACCCCUGGAUACGUAAUGCAGUAGAGCGUGGUGUAGUGGAGCUUGACGUUAGUAUUGAGCCUACCUAUGGUGACAUCUUGCUGCCUCAUGAGUUCUUUAUGAGCAAUACAUUGGUUAAGCUGACACUGGGGACACGAAUUUCUUUUGGAAAGUUUCCUCCAGAUUUGUCUCUUCCAGCACUUAAGAGUCUCUUCUUGGACUCGGUCGUUUUUGAAUAUGAAGAUCUGUGUCAUGUGCUUCUUCCUGGUUGUCCAGUGCUCGAGGAUUUAGUCGUACGUCACAAGUACUUCGAAGCACUCCCAUACUGCAUCUCGAGUCGGAGCAUCAAGAAGCUAUCAGUUCACUACGAUUGUGAGCUUGAAAUUGGUCCUUAUAGUAUUAUGUCAUUUGACGCCCCAAGUCUUGUGUCCUUAUAA